AGUAAUGACAUUGUACCAAACAGAAGAAGUCAGGUCGCCGAGUUGCUACUUCUCGUGCUCUGAACGCUUAAGUUUGCACAAGCACGACCGUCGACAUGUCGUCCGCCACCACUGGCUUCACAACGGAGCGGCAGCACGUGGGGGCUCAGUCGCCAGUGGGCAUCGAGUACAUCCCCACAGAAGAAGAGAAGAGGGUAUUCAAAGAGUGCAACCAGGAGAGCUUUUGGUACAGGUCGGUGCCCUUCUCUUUGGUCGGCGUGGCCAUCACUCAGGCCCUAGUGGCCAAAGGGAUUCUGUCUGCAUCUCCGAGGUUUGGAUCUCUACCUAAAGUGGCCUUCGCUGGCUUCUGUGGCUACCUGGCGGGGAAAAUGUCGUACAUGAAGACCUGCCAGGAGAAGUUCAAGAGGCUGGAGAACUCUCCACUGGGAGACGCCCUCAAACAGAGGACAGGAAUGCCUACACAACUUUCCAAAGGUCCUCAGUCAGAGAUGGAUGACCCAGACACCCCGUCAUUUGACACAAUGUUCCAGCCAGUGGAAGACACCAAACAGAUGCCCGCCAACACCAGAAAUAAUGAAUAUGAAUACAACGCAGAGUCGCCAAUGGGCAGAGAUGACUUCGCCACUCUAGACGACUUGGAAGACACGCCCAGGAAGAAGGCCACCCUCUACGAAGACUUGAGGCUCAAGAACAGAGAGAACUACGAGGUCACGCUCACUCAGAAGGCCGAGACGCUGCUCAAAACGGUACCCGAGAAGGAGCCGGGGAGGAACAAUACACACCAGAAGAAAAACAUCUACGGGGACACCUGGGAGGAAUGAGUCACUAUUUGGAAUACACACUGGCCAUUUUGCUCCAGUGGGACUCAGAAGUGACAAGAAGUUGUAUGAGUCUGUGCUAUAUGUAUUUGCACAAGUCAAUUAAACCAAACUACAUGCCGAUUAAAACAGUCUCUCUCUGUG